AUGUAUGAUUUUGGGCGAAAAAUAUGGACAACCAAAGGAGAAGAGCAUGAGGAAGGUAAGAAGAAAUUUAUAGAUUCACUCAAGUUACUGGAGCUAGAAGCAUUGGGAGACAAGCCUUACUUUGGAGGGGAAAACUUUGGUUUUGUGGAUAUUGCCCUGAUUGGAUUCUACAGCUGGUUUUAUGCCUAUGACACCUUUGGCAACUUCAGCAUAGAGGCCGAGUGCGCUAAGCUCGUCGCUUGGGGCAAGAGAUGUAUGCAGAGGGAGAGCGUCUCGACGUCUCUAGCUGACCCUCAUAAGAUCUAUGAGAUGCUACAAGUAUUUAGAAAGAAUCAUGGAAUGGAAUAAACAUACUCAUGUGCUUCAUAAUCCAUGAAUGGCACUUAGUUCUGCCUCGUAUAUUCGUUUUUCUAGGAAUAAAGACAUUUCGCCUAGCUGGCUUGUGAUGUAUCAGUAUUAUUUUUUGUAAUUCAGCUGCUGCUGCUUCUCAUUUGGACUGAGCAGCGACUACUUAAAAGUAAUAUCCCACUUCAUGCAUUUUGGAUUUGAAUAUUGU